GCAAAUCGGUUUUGAAAAACAUGGAUCAACGUGAUUUGAUAGAAAUAGAAGGAUUUCAAGCCAUACCAUGGACAACAACUGCUAAAAGUAAAAUACUUCACUACUUUUAUAUAAAAGAACACAAUGUUGAAAAUCCCAGCAGUUUGAAACCAUUAAAAAAAACUCUUAUAGUACUUAAUGUUCCUCCGUACGCAGAUAAGAAUCAUAUUUUCAAUUUUUUCGAGAGAUGUGGAAAAAUAACAAGAGUUAUAAUUCAAUCGAAGCCUUCGAGUGCCGAUGUUACUGAAGGCGGAAAAUACUUUAAUAAGACAUCUCCACCAGAGGGUUAUAAAGUAGCCUACGUUAUCUUUCAUAAUACUAAAGCAUUAAAAAACGCUUUGAGUUUAUCAUCAACUAAAAGUCAGUCAUUAUCAACCGAAAAAUGCCCAUUUAAAGGAUUUAAACAACGACUAGCUGAGGAGAAAAAAGAUCAAUUCAAUAUUAAUAUAACAGACCUUCAAGAAGAAAUUACAAAGUAUAUGAAAGAUUAUGAUACUAAAAUUGCGGAACAAGUUAAAAGAGAGAAAGAAAUGGAUGGAGAGCCUGACGAUGGAGGAUGGGUUACAGUUACUCGUCAUGGAAAGACGAAAGGCACUCCUAGAACGGAAGCUCAUGAAAAGCGAGCCUUAUUAAAAGAGAAAAAAAAGAAGGGAAACCAGGAACUCUUAAAAUUUUACUCUUUCCAAUGGACGAAGGAGAAAGAAGAACAAUUAUCGAAGCUGAAAGAGAAAUUCGAGGAAGACAAAAGAAAAGUUCAUAAAAUGAGGCAGGAACGAAAGUUCCGUCCUUAUUAA